GCUCUUUCUUCCCCCCAAGAACGAGUCUCGUAUCCCACCACCAAAGGCGCAUAGUCGUCGCUGUCACUCCUUUGCUCCGGCUGCCUCGUCGCUCCCGGCCCUUUCCAGUCACUCAUUUUCGCCACUGCUGCGUGCUCAUUCCUUCGCGCCUGCUUGGUCAAAUCAAUUCUCCGUUAGCCUCUGCUCGUAGCUUGUAGCCAUUGUCUUCACGGUCAUCAUCGACGCCGCCAGAUAACCCACCAACUUCUACAUCCAACCGUCCAUCAACCACCGAAAAGAACGCCGACAUGCUGUUGAACGCCGCUCUCGCCGUCCUCGGCGCGACCGCCGUCGCCGCUGUGCCCAGCCUCGAGAUCCGCGGCUCUCAGUUCGUCAACCCCAAGACUGGCAAGGCCUUCCAGAUUGCGGGUAUGGCCUACCAGCCCGGUGGAAGCUCCGGCUACGAUCCGUCCCACGGCAGAGACCCUCUGUCUGACGGCAAGGUCUGCAUGCGCGAUGCCGCCCUCAUGCAGUCUCUGGGUGUCAACACCAUCCGUGUCUACAACCUGGACCCCAACUUGAACCACGACGAGUGCGCCAGUAUCUUCAACGCGGCCGGCAUGUACAUGCUGCUUGAUGUCAACUCGCCCCUUGCCGGAGAGUCGCUCACCAACGUCAACCCCUGGGAGUCGUACUAUAUGGAGUACCUCAACCGUACCUUUGCCGUUGUCGAGGCUUUCAAGAACUACCCCAACACGCUCGCCUUCUUCUCUGGAAACGAGGUCAUCUACACCGAGGAGAACGCCGAGACUGUUCCCCCCUACAUGCGCGCUGUCACCCGUGACCUCAAGAACUACAUCAAGAACAACUCCCCCCGGAAGAUCCCCGUCGGCUACUCGGCUGCUGAUGUCCGUGUUGUUCUCGAGGACAGCUGGAACUACUUCCAGUGCCACAUUGACACUGAGCAGAACGACGAGUCUCGCGCCGAUCUCUUCGCCCUGAACAGCUACUCGUGGUGCGGUGAUGCCACCUUCCAGUCCUCCGGUUAUGUCGACCUUGUCAACAUGUUCAAGACCACCUCUGUGCCUGUUUUUUUCUCCGAGUUUGGCUGCAACACGCCAUCCCCUCGCAUCUUCACUGAGAUUGGCAGCAUCUACGGCCCUGACAUGACGGGUACCUUUGCCGGUGGUGUCGUUUACGAGUACACCCAGGAGAAGAACAACUACGGCCUGGCCGACAUCAACGCGGACAACACUAUCAAUCUCCGUGCCGACUUCCACACUCUGCAGAAGCAGUACGCUGGCGUCGACUUCACCAGCGUCCAGGGUGUCACCGCUUCUGGCAACAAGGGUGUCAUUCCGAAGUGCAGCAAGACCCUCAUCAAGCAGGCCAAGUUCAACAAGAACUUCACGCUCCCCGCUGUUCCCCCCAAGACCCAGCCUCUUAUCAACAACGGCAUCAAGCCUGCGCCUGUUGGCAAGAUCAUCCCCAUCUCCAGCUGGGACGUCACCUACCAGGUCAAGGACGCCGAUGGCAAGGUCAUCAACAACCUCAAGGUCGUCCCCGUCAAGGAUGACGCCUUCAACAUGCCCGGCUCUAACGCUGCCGUCAGUGGCGAUGUUUCGGGCUCGUCCAACAGCACCUCGUCUGGCAAUAAUGAGAACGCCGCCGGCCGCCUCGCUCCCCUGGGCGUUGCCUCUUCCGCCAUUGCCAUUCCCAUGGCCAUCAUGGCUGCUUUCAUGGCGGGUGCUCAGCUGAUCUAGAGAUUUCUGCCCCUACUUGUAAGCAGUCUCAGGACUCGCUGCUUUGGCUGUCCUAAGCCGCCUGCGUUCUGAUACCGGUCACUUGGAGAUGAUGAGCUUGGCUGGGAAGCCUACAUAGCAGCGAUGAUGGUGUCGGUUGUGUGGUCAGGCCGGAUGACUUCUUUGGUUCUUCGAUAUCCCCAUUUGGCUUCCGAGUUUUUGAUACUUUGCAUGCAUUUCCAGAGUGGCAAGUCUGCCUCAUGCCUGCGCCGUGCUAUUGCGUACCUUGUACAUAGGGAAGUUGAAUUGUAUAGACCAAUGCAUCAUGACUCAGUGGUUCGAU